UCAUGGAGGACACGCUGCACAACAAUGAGGUGAUCAACCUCACUUCAUUCAGAGGCCCAAACUCUACAACGCUCAAUGGUAGAGACAACCGGCGUUACACUAUAGAGGAAACAGGUGGUUAUGAGCUGAAUGGAGUGACCCCACGUGGCUCUGCUGUGCUGACUGGAUAUGAUACACUAGAUACUCCACCUAGUUAUGACUUUUAUGCCAACACUGAGGUUUUUGGGAGAACAAAAAAAUUAAGACCAUCUCUCUUUCAGCUACACUCCAACCCUGAGGAUGAUAGUUCCCCGCCUCCUCUGUAUGAGGAGACGAGUGGUAACAAAGAGAGUCCGGAUGAAGAGCUAGCAGAACCUCCUCCAGAACCCACUCGCUUUGGAUGGGUCCAGGGGGUCAUGGUUCGUUGCAUGCUCAACAUCUGGGGAGUAAUUCUGUACUUGAGGCUUCCCUGGAUUACAUCUCAAGCUGGAAUUGGUUUGACUUGGAUUAUUAUUCUGCUUUCCUCCUGCAUCACUGGGAUCACUGGCCUUUCUACAUCUGCAAUUGCUACCAAUGGCAAAGUCAAAGGAGGUGGCACUUAUUUCCUGAUUUCACGCAGUUUGGGUCCAGAGCUUGGUGGAUCUAUUGGACUGAUCUUUGCGUUCGCUAAUGCAGUAGCUGUGGCUAUGCACACUGUAGGUUUUGCUGAGACUGUCCAAUCAAUAAUGCAGGAGAGUGGUACAAGCAUGGUAGACCCCCUUAAUGACAUCCGCAUCAUUGGUGUAAUCACUGUCACCUGUCUGCUGGCAAUUUCUUUAGCUGGUAUGGAGUGGGAGUCCAAGGCCCAGGUUUUGUUCUUCAUGGUUAUUAUGGUUUCCUUCGCCAACUACAUUGUUGGUACCAUCAUCCCCGCCACUCCUCAGAAGCAAGCUAAAGGCUUCUUUAGCUACAGAGCGGAUAUUUUUGCAGAAAACUUUGUGCCCAGCUGGCGUGGGCCGGGGGGCAGCUUCUUUGGCAUGUUCUCCAUCUUCUUUCCCUCAGCCACAGGCAUUCUUGCAGGAGCCAAUAUCUCGGGAGACCUGAAGGACCCAAAUAUAGCUAUACCCCGAGGCACAAUGCUGGCUAUUUUCUGGACCACCAUAUCUUAUCUUAUCAUCUCUGCUACCAUUGGCUCAUGUGUAGUAAGAGAUGCUUCCGGUAAUAUCAACGACACUCUUCUAAUAUCUGGGUCUGGUGUUUCGGACUGCCUGGGGAUUGCCUGUAAAUAUGGCUGGAACUUCAGUGACUGCAUUGCCAACAUUACAUGCACUUAUGGCCUUAGCAAUAAUUACCAAACCAUGAGUAUGGUGUCUGGAGUUGCUCCAUUAAUUGCAGCUGGUAUUUUUGGGGCUACUUUGUCCUCAGCUCUAGCGUGCCUGGUUUCAGCUCCUAAAGUAUUUCAGUGUCUUUGCAAGGACAAUCUGUAUCCGGGGAUUGGAUUUUUUGGAAAAGGCUAUGGAAAGAACAAUGAGCCGUACAGGAGCUACCUCUUAACCUAUAUCAUUGCUGUAUGCUUCAUUCUCAUUGCUGAGCUGAACACUAUUGCUCCUAUCAUCUCCAACUUUUUCCUGUGCUCUUACGCCCUCAUCAACUUCAGCUGUUUCCAUGCCUCCAUCACCAAUUCUCCCGGUUGGCGUCCUUCGUUUAGGUACUACAGUAAGUGGGCAUCUCUGGUGGGUGCUGUGGUGUCAGUGGUCAUCAUGUUCUUGCUUACCUGGUGGGCUGCUCUCAUUGCCAUUGGGAUCGUGCUCUUUCUUCUGGGAUACGUGCUCUACAAGAAGCCCUCUGUAAACUGGGGUUCUUCCGUGCAAGCAAGCUCAUAUAACAUGGCAUUAUCCUACUGUGUGGGUCUCAACCAUGUAGAUGACCACAUAAAGAAUUAUAGGCCACAGUGUCUGGUUCUUACUGGGCCUCCCAGUUCCCGGCCAGCUCUGGUGGAUUUUGUAGGCACCUUCACCAAGAACCAGAGUCUAAUGAUGUGUGGAAACGUCAUCACAGGAGGCCCAUCACCUGAUGCUGUGGAUGCUGCCAACAGUAGCGUUCAUGUGACAUGGCUCAAUAAGCGAGGCAGCAAAUCCUUCUAUAAUGGAGUAGUGGCUGAUGAUUUGCGCAGUGGGGCACAGAUUUUGCUGCAGGGAGCAGGACUGGGUCGGAUUCGGCCUAAUAUCUUGGUAAUGGGAUUUAAGAAGAACUGGCGCAAAUGUCCACCAACCAUGAUUCAUAAUUACAUUAACAUUUUGCAUGAUUCAUUUGAUCUGCAGUAUGGUGUAUGUAUUCUUCGGAUGAAAGAAGGUCUUGAUAUAUCUCAUCAGAUGCAAGCACAUGUAAACCCAGGAUUUGAGGCAGCAGCAGAGCCCGGGCUUGAUGCAAGACCUCCUGUCAACACAUUGGACCCCGAAUUACUCCUGACUAUGCCUCAACCCAGCACUGUCUUUCAGUCCAAACAAGAAAAGAAGACCAUUGAUGUGUAUUGGAUGUUUGAUGAUGGAGGACUGACUCUACUGUUGCCCUACCUUCUGAAACGCAAGAAGCGCUGGGGCAGGUGUAAAGUCAGAGUGUUUGUUGGAGGAGAGAUUCAGUGUGUUGAGGAACAAAAGCAGGAGCUUACAGCUCUCAUCAGCAAGUUUCGCCUUGGCUUCCACGAGAUCCACAUUCUUCCAGAUAUCAAUGAGAAACCACAACCUGAAAAUGUUAGGAAGUUUGAGGACCUUCUAGGACCUUAUAGGGUACAAGCUAUCCAAAAGAAUGAGGACGGAGGAGGGCAGCCCACCAGUGACUGCCCAUGGAUAGUGUCUGAUGAGGAGAUGGAGAAAAAUACAGCAAAGUCCUUUAGACACAUCCGCCUUAAUGAAGUCCUGCAAGACUAUUCAAGAGAUGCAGCUUUGAUUAUUGUGACCAUGCCCAUAGGCCGGAGAGGAGCAUGUCCUAGUGCUCUUUACAUGGCUUGGCUAGAAAUUAUAUCACGUGGCCUACGACCUCCAGUGCUGCUUGUCAGAGGCAACCAGGAGAGUGUCCUCACCUUCUAUUGCCAGUGAUCAAACACCGAAGAAAGAUUUCCAGCAUCACCUGUGAAAUGUAUGACACCUGUACUAUUCGAUUCUUUGAAUGCUGUAAAAUAAGAUGUAGUAUGCACAUAGCACUUGAAUUCAGCUUUGGUUUUAAUAGUUUUAACCGUGUAAAAUGUGAGGUAAAAUGUUUAAGUCCUUGACUGAUUCCUGUAAUGUCUGUUUAAGUCCUGUAAUUUUAUUUAGAACUUUUCUAUUAUAUGUGACAUCUAUUUAACCCACUGUGUCUUACUCAUAUAAUUAUGUUUUGUAAAAUGAUAAUCAUUACAAAGAAAUUGAAGGUAGCCUAUUGUCUUUAUGUCAGUUUGUAUCAUUUUAUAUAAAUACGUUUAAUGCUGAAAUAUCCAGCUCGGUCUGACCAGUUAGGAGCAACCAAAACACAGGCCAAGCUGGUCAAACUGGCAGCUUAGCCAUCGGAAAACAAAUCAGUUUCUGAAUUAACAAUAGUAAUUCUACAUCACAGACAAGUUAUUAAAAAAAUUAUUACACACACAACAUUAAGGUACAGUGGAGCAGUGGAAAG